AUGAAUAAUGAGCAGAUUUUCGAAGAUGAAGAUGAUUGGCUUUACUUGAGACUUGAAAUCUUUCCUGAUCCAAAGAUACAACACGAUGAAGCCAAACUCAAACAGUAUGAGAAGGUAGACAUUGAUUUGAUAACGUGGAAAACACUAAUAAUGAGCAGCUUGAAUAAGGUGUAUGGAUUGAUUGGAGAGUCAUCGCCGUUUGACAUUCCAGUCAAGUUGUCUACGAAAUCCACUAUCCUCAAAAUACAGAUCCAAGACGAGGAAAAGUUUAGCAACAGUUUUUUGAGUUACGCUUUUGAUUUGAGCAAGUACACAGAUGUGGAUGUUGACUGUUGCAUUAAAAUUGCGAAGAAGGCUCGUCACGUUGCAUUGGUGAUAGAAGAGAAGUAG